AUGGAUCGUCUAAUUCUUCAACUCAAGGAUAUGAAGGUCCCAGGGCACAAUAUGAAGCGGAGGCACGAUGCUGUAAAAGAAGCCGUGACUGUCGCUUCUACCGCAGCCACCCAACGCCUAAAACUUCAAGAAUCCAGCUCUAGUGGCCUCGGCAUGCCACCAGAGCCUCACACCAUUCCUAUAAUUGACCUUACUGAUGAUGACGGAAAAGGCUCUCUUUGGUCGUUAGUCUUCACUAUCUUCCCGGAUAUAUGCCCAGAUUAUGUCGAGAAGAUGUACAAGAAACAAAAGAAGAAGAAGAGAUUGGAAACCAAUCCUGAUAGCAAUGUCUUGAUCCAUUCUAUUUUAGAAGCCGGAGCGUAUCCAACUAUACAGGAACGCAAACGCAGAAAAAUCAACAAUGACACAAACAAGAAACAGCCCCAUAUGUGGGGCAUCAACGAUGGAAUUAAAAGAGAUAGGCGUUAUUUUGAUUCUGCACGGGCUUUGCUGCAUAUUGACUAUCCACAUAUACCUGUGGAUUUCCUGAGAAAUGUGCUCUGUGCUAACGGCGUUUUGUUUGAUGCGUAUUUGGAGCUGGCUGACAUGGACACUGACUACGAUCGAACCGUUCCCCCACCAUAUGAACGUAUACCGGGUCAAAGAACGAAACGCGGUGAAAUUCCCCCUUUUGAGACGGUUCAUAUUUCAAGGGCACACAGAAAAAACUUAAUCUCCGAGUUUCAGGAUGCAAGAGCUGCACGGACUCAAAAAAAAGAAAAGAAGCGACAGGAGGCGGAAGCUGAAAGACUGGAAGAGGAAAAUACCGCUAUUCACGCCGCCACCGGCGGCCUCAUAGAGUGCGGAUGUUGUUUCACAGAGACCGCAUUGAACCGUUUGGUCUGCUGCGCGGGUGCUGAGGCCCAUUUUUUCUGCGCCUCUUGCAUCAAAUCAAACGUGAAAACCCAGAUUGGAUACAUGCGAUAUGAAAUCGACUGCAUGGAUAUGAGUCAGUGCAAUGCAGGUUUUAGUCGCGCCACUCUCGCUGAAGUCCUCGACGAUUCGCUUCUGAAGAAACUUGAUGAACUACGCCAGCGGGAUGAUAUUGUAAAAGCUGGGCUUGAUGGCCUCGAGGAAUGCCCCUUUUGUGAAUUCAAGGCUAUAUACCCUCCCAUUGAGGAGAACCGCGAAUUUCGAUGUCUCAAUUCGAAUUGCGAGAGAGUUAGUUGCCGUUCCUGCAAGUCUGUAAGCCAUAUUCCGAAAACUUGUGAGGAAACGCGAAAAGAAGCCCACAACUCUGCACUCCAUCAAAUUGAGGAGGCGAUGAGCGAGGCGGUGAUUCGCAAUUGUCCCAACCCCAAAUGCAAUACGCCUAUCAUCAAAGACGACGGUUGCAAUAAGAUGUACUGCACUAAAUGCGGAUCGAUCAUGUGUUAUAUCUGCAAACAGGAUAUUACCAAAAUUGGUUACGACCAUUUCCAGAAUCCCAAAAAUUCGUGUCCGCUGCACGAUCAUGACAUUGAUAGUCGUCACUACCAGGAGGCAUCCCGCGCCAAAAAGACUGCAACGAAGCAGGCACUGAAGUCAAAUCCAAACUUGAGGGCUGCUGAUAUUAAAGUAGAGUUGCCCGAUAAAGCACCUCUAACCUCGCAUUAUCUUAGAGGCCCUCGCAGGUAUCAAGCUAUGCCUGUUAUACCAAAUGACCCACAACUCCACAACAAUUACGAUAGCCCAGAAGCGCGAUUUCAGCUAGAUUUACCUGAGCCGCCGGCUUUACUUAUUCCUCGCCUACCAGCCCUUCAGCCUAACAUCGUGGUGCAACCCAACAAUAAUAUUUUAACCGCUCCGCGAGGAAUACAGCAUCAACUGCCACUGCAACUGCUGGAAGCGCAAAAUUUACAUCGCCACUUGAUUGCAGCCCCUAUCCCACCUCUUCACCCUACCCCCCCUGCGUUUCCUGAAAUAAAUUCUGGCCCUGUUCCAGUCUUCAAUCCAAAUUACGCAAUUCACCCCCCUCAAGCGUUCUUGCAACAAGGUGUUCCGCAUCUUUAUCACAAUGCAUAUCCACUUCAAAGUCAUCCGCCUAACCAUAGGCAGCCGACAUACGAACCUGCCAUGAAUUUUCAUAACCAGGAUUAUUAG